CCGUGAAUCGACAACUGUACUUUUCCUCGCCGUUUCAACUACAAAAAUCCGUUUCAGUGCCCCGAUCGCCACCCACCGAAUAUAUCCUUCUCUGACAAUCUCUCUCAUUAAGCUUUGUAAUGGAGGGUCGUGGGUCGUCUAAACGGGACUCCGUGACUUGCGGGUCGUGGAUACGGAGACCCGAGAAGGUCAAUCUGGUGGUAUUAGGCAAGUCCGGGCAUGGCGAUUCCUCUCCUCCUGUUCUCGAGAUCUUCUCCUUCGACCACAACACCAAUUCCCUCUCUAAUUCUCUGGCUACCUUUGCGUUUGAAGAUGGCGAAGGCGAUCCCGUAGCUAUUGCGGUGCACCCGAACGGAGACGAUGUUGUUUGCUCCACGACUAGCGGUGGUUGCAAAUUAUUUGAGAUUUGUGGCGGAGAAGCAAACAUAAAGGUGUUGGCCAAAGCAUUACCUCCUCUUCAAGAUGUUGGUCCACAGAAAUGCCUAGCAUUUAGUGUUGAUGGAUCUAAAUUUGCUGCUGGUGGAAUGGAUGGGCAUCUUAGAAUCUUGGAGUGGCCGGGCCUGCGCAUAAUUCUAGAUGAACCGAGAGCACACAAAUCCAUUCGUGAUUUAGACUUCAGCCUGGACUCAGAAUUUUUGGCCACAACUUCUAAUGAUGGCUCAGGAAGAAUAUGGAAGACGGAAGAUGGGGUUCCUUUGACUUCUUUGGUUCGAAAAUCGGAUGAAAAGAUUGAAUUAUGUCGAUUCUCUAAGGAUGGGACGAAACCAUUUUUAUUUUGUGCCACUCAAAUGGGUGAUAAGUCUGUUAUUGCAGUUUAUGACAUAAGCACGUGGAACAGAAUUGGGUUUAAGAGGCUCCUCAGAAAGCCUGCAUCCAUAAUGUCCGUCAGUCUGGACGGGAAAUACCUUGCUCUUGGAAGCAAAGAUGGAGAUAUCUGUGUAGCUGAAGUUAAGAAAAUGGAGAUCUGUCAUUGGAGUAAGAGGCUACACCUGGGAACAUGCAUUGAAACAUUAGAAUUUUGCCCCAAUGAAAGGGUUGUGCUUACCACUUCCGGUGAAUGGGGUGUUGUGGUGACUAAAUUAACUGUGCCUUCAGAUUGGAAAGAGUGGCAGAUUUAUGUGCUGCUUCUAGGACUAUUUUUGGCUUCACUUGUUAUAUUUUACAUACUUUUCAAGAAUUCGGAUUCAUUCUGGAACUUACCACAACCUGGAAAACCAAAGAUUGAAGCCAUGUUUGGAGAUCCACAGUCAUCUGAUGAUAUUUUCGGACCGGUGGAUUUAUGAACAUUUGUUAUACUUUGUCACCUUGAAGUCACUGAAAGUAGAAUUUGUAGGGAUCAAACUAAAGUUAUCAUGUAAAUGAGCAAUUUUAGUUCUAUCUUUAAGCUUUCUAAUGUUUGUACUCUGUAUUUCAGUGGAAAUGUAGAAUAAUUUAGGCUUCAUUUGCCACUUGUCAUACCAAGAUGUAAUAUCCUAACUUUAUAUGAUAUACAUAAUUUUAAGACCCUAUAAGCACACAGCUUGGUUGAGCAA